AUGGUGACUAGGACUGGACCUAAGGGACGUAAUGGAGAAAUUGAAGAAGAUGAAGAUAAUGAUGAAAUAGAGUUUGUAGUUGAAAAUCAAACGAAGGAAAGUGAAGAAGAUGAAAUUAUUGCAGAAGAAGUAGAAAAAGAGACGACGAAGAAAAAAAGUGAGAAAGUGGAGAAAAAGUGCCAAGGAAAGGAUGACGAACAAUCAUUGGAGCAAAUGCCCAAGUAUGCUAAAUUCAUGAAGAAUAUUCUCACAAAGAAAAAGAGGUACACAGAUGAAGAGACAAUUUUGCUUGAUGCCCGCUGUAGUGUCGUAAUCCAAAAAACUACCCCAAGAAAGGAAUUUGAUCCGGGACGAGUCACCUUGCCGGUAACUAUUGGACGUAACUACACUGGUAAUAGUUUGAUUGAUUUGGAGUCUAGCAUCAAUUUAAUCCCUUUAUCCAUUGUCAAAAGAUUGGGGAAUAUUGUGAUGAAGCCUACUAGGAUGACUUUGCAAUUAGCCGAUAAGUCUAUCAAUUUACCGUAUGAAGUUGCUCAAGACAUGCUAGUAAAGGUGGACAAAUUCUUGUUUCUAGUGGAUUUUGUGGUAGUUGACAUGGAGGAGGAUCGUGAUCCUUUAAUUGCUCUUAAGUUGCAUUUGGAGGUGCAAUUGUGA